UUGCCGAGUAGCGGUGUUCGCGGAACAGAUGGAGCUGGUGAAUGGGAGAGGAUCGCAGAAUUGGCUGGCGGGGUGGAGGGGAUAACGGGGGACCCUCAACACCACAGCGGGGAAAGUACAGCUGAGUUUCGAUAGAUCCAGACGGAGUAAAUAAUUGCUCUUUGGAUUCGAAGUCUCCGGAUCGCAAAGAAGGGACCACUACGUUUCUGUUAGCUAACUAGGCCAAAAAGCCUCGCCAUAGAGUGGAUGUUUGAUCCCGGCUAUUGGUGGAAGAGUAACGUUAGAGCUCUAGUCAGCUAGCUUGCUAGGUAGCCGGCUUACUGCCUCUGAGGAAUAGAAAACCCAGAGUCAACCCAGAUAUUGGUGGUAGUGUGUUAGAAACUUCUUAAGUUUUUUAUUUUUUAUUUUACUGGAAUUUGUUGGACUGCCAACGGAGAUUCCAGAUUCCUUUAAGGUAAUGUUCGGAGCAACGGCUAACGUUAGCUAGCUAGCCUGCUAGCCAGCCAAGUUGACUGGAGUGUGCUUGUUGGCUUGUUUUUAAAUAAUGUAGCUAGUUGGCUGACUAGCUAACGAGCUAGGUGCAGAAUGGGCGAAUUAUCAGUAUUAGCUGCACUUUCGCAUAGUUUUAAACUGACAGAGAUCAACGGUAUUGCUUGUCUAGUCGCCUUGUUCUGAUUUUGAGGCGAGUCACAGCAUACUCGAACAAACAUCGAUCAGCAACCAGAUCAGAUCGCAGUAAUUCUAGCACGUCGCCCGAGCUUGUAAGAAAACCCUGAGAUGCACACAGGCAUGCACGUUUUAGAAUAUAAAAGGUCACUGAUAGCUUAUAACCCUUAAUGUAUUUGAAUACCCCCAUUCGUAAGAUUGAGCCUUAUGUAUUAACUGAAAGGAAUACUGUCACCUUCAUGGUUGAUGCAAUCUUGAAAAAAUAGUAAUUCCUUAAUCGGUUGUGGAGAGGGUUCUGCACACUCGCAGGACAGGACACUAGCUCAACAGUGUUUGGUCAGGUUAGUCGGUUCAGAAAUGGGGAACACGGUAUCUUGCUGUAUGUCUCCGGGCGGGAGCCCGAAGCUCCCACGGCAGUCAGACUCCGUAGAAGAUUACCAAGCCAACACCGACCUGAGCGAGGACACCGGCCCCUACCUGCAGCACAUCAGCGACAGAGAAGUGCCAGACGAUUUGGCGCACGAAUCCAACCCCUCGGACCACGCCCGUGCCAGCACCAUCUUCCUCAGCAAAUCCCAGACGGACGUGCGGGACAAAAGGAAAAGCAAUCACAUAAACCACUUCUCGCCCGGUGUCCUCUCUAAGAAGUACAGCUCCUGUUCGACCAUUUUCAUCGACGACAGCACGGUCAGCCAGCCCAACCUGAAGAGCACCAUCAAGUGCGUCACCUUCGCAAUAUACUACCACAUAAAGAACAGGGACUCGGACAGGUCGCUGGACAUUUUCGAUGAGAAGAUACACCCCUUAUCGAAGCGAUCCCCAUUGGUUACUGUCAGUGGCGGGGCUCUUGUUCUGCAGAGAGACCACGUCCCCGAGGACUACUCACGCACCGACCCGGAGCACAAACUCAUCUACCGCUUCGUCAGAACGCUCUUCAGCGCUGCCCAGCUCACUGCCGAGUGCGCCAUCGUCACCCUGGUGUACUUGGAGAGGCUGCUGACCUACGCAGAGCUGGACAUCUGUCCCUGUAACUGGAAGCGCAUGGUGCUGGGCGCCAUUUUACUGGCCUCCAAGGUGUGGGACGACCAGGCCGUGUGGAACGUGGACUACUGCCAGAUCCUCAAGGACAUCACCGUGGAGGACAUGAACGAGAUGGAGAGACACUUCCUGGAGCUGCUGCAGUUCAACAUCAACGUCCCGGCCAGCGUCUACGCCAAGUACUACUUCGACCUGCGCUCCCUUGCCGACGACAACAACCUGAGCUUCCCUCUGGAGCCCCUCAGCAACCAACGUGCGCAGAAGCUGGAGGCCAUCUCCCGGCUCUGUGAGGACAAGUACAAGGACCUGAGCAAAGCGUCCAUGAGACGCUCCCUCAGCGCCGACAACCUGCUCAACUCCCGCCAAUCGCACGCCGUGCUCUCAUAGGUCCUCUCCGACCUCUGACCCCGAGCCAGAGACGUUACGCCACCGGAACCCGCUCCCACACCCCUCCCCCUCCUCCAACGGUGUGGAACCCCGAAGAACAGAGCGAGCGAGAGACUGAUUUUGUUUUUGAGGUUGUUUUUUUUAUUUUCUUUUUUUCUCUCUCCCCCCUUUUGUUUUUUUUGCUUACUAUGUAGGCUACUAGCUGUGAAAUUUGUCAGUUUUUAAUUAACUGAAAUUAUUUGCAGAUGGAGUAUUUUAAAUAAACACUAAUCAUAACUGA